UUUAAACGACGUUUCGCUGUGUGACGCCGUACGCGCGCCUAUAGUGUAUAAUGGACACGCUCCCCAGUGACGUAAUACUAUAGCGACAAAGACUUGAUUCGCGCAGUCGAAACAAAACAGGGCCUUUUACUCUUUAUAAAGAAUUUUGUCGAGAUGCCUAAAGUUAAAAGAAGUCGGAAGCCUCCUCCUGAUGGCUGGGAGCUCAUUGAACCCACGUUGGAUGAAUUGGAUCAGAAAAUGAGAGAAGCUGAAACAGAGCCACACGAAGGAAAGCGUAAAGUGGAGUCUCUUUGGCCUAUAUUCAGACUGCACCAUCAGCGGAGUCGAUACAUCUUUGACCUCUUCUACAAAAGAAAAGCCAUUAGUAGAGAGCUGUAUGAGUACUGUAUAAAGGAAGGCUAUGCAGACAAGAACCUGAUCGCCAAGUGGAAGAAACAGGGAUACGAGAACUUGUGCUGCUUGCGCUGUAUCCAAACAAGAGAUACCAACUUUGGAACCAACUGCAUUUGCAGAGUCCCCAAAAGCAAACUGGAAGUUGGACGGAUCAUUGAAUGCACCCACUGUGGAUGCAGGGGCUGUUCAGGCUGAGUUCAGUUUUGGACAUCUGUCUAUUUUGUGUUCGACAUCUGGUCUCAUCCUGCCUCUUGUAAGCCUGGAGCUGCAUUUUUACUUUGCCCACAUUAAAAUAAUUACUCACAUCCUCAGAACCAUCAUCAGUUUUACUGUGUAUGGGUUAGAAUUCAGUGCUUGUUUGCUCCUUUUGUGGAGCACUGUAGAAUGAAAUUACAGGGUCCAUUUUGUCCAAGAAUGUUUUCGUUCAAGUUUUUUUCCCAUACCUUUCAACACUGUUCUUACAACCCACAACAUUAAACUCUGUGGAUCAUUCCAACAAGUCAUACCCACUGUCAUUGCAAAUAACUUUUCAUUUAAUUUUAAGAAGGUUGUAAGGCAAACACUUUGUCUUAAUGUCAUUGUUUUAAACAUUUUUCUUCAUUGUUAUUAUAGGCUAAUUUUAAAUAAGACAAUUUUGAUUUAUCUUGUUUCAUGUUUUUGCAAAACUACAUAAUUUGUUCAGAUUUAAAGUCAAACAGUUUUCUAAUAAAGUGUAUAAAACACCA